GUUUUUCACUCCUAUCUUGAGUAGCUCUAUUUUUGACCAUCUUGACAGCAUAGGACGUACUUGAUGCUUAAAAGACUCGCAUCCAGGCCAUAAUUGUAACAAAAAAAAUAGAGGUACUUGACACUUGACAGCUUUAUUUAAAGUUCCUUAGAAUCCUCGGCGGCAAAGUCGUAAUUUAAAUUAAAACCUGCGUUAUUUCUGUAAAUAAUAAUAUAUUGUACCACACAGAAAUAUAAGAGCAACAUGUUCUUAAAACUUAAUACAUUUUUCCUUUUUUUUUGUUAAAACCAUUGCGAUUCUGUAGAUAACAUAGUGAAUGGAGAGCAAACAAGGUUAUCUGUUGUCUCUUAGACCAGAGUGUUUUUAUUACUUAAUAGUAAACCAGUUAUCGGUAUGCCAAGGUCGAGUAUAAUCACGUUGUUAUGUCAAUUAUUUUAUUGCUCAGCAUCUUACAUAUCUGUAAUAGCUCCAAGGAAUAUUGACGAUCAAUUCCACCAGAGUUAAAUAUCUUUCUUGUUAAUACGGUUGCAAGUGCCUUUUUCGAGUAAAUAAAACUAUAAUUUCCUAAAAAAUGGAGAAAGAUGUUUAUUUCAUUGGUGUUGACGUGGGAUCCGGCAGCGUAAGGGCAGCCCUUGUGAAUCAGAAAGGACAUGUAUGUUCCACUUCAGUAAAGGAAAUUCAAACCUGGAAACCAAAGGUGGACUUCUAUGAGCAGUCCUCUAAUGACAUAUGGAAUUGCUGUGAAUAUGUCAUCAAGAAUGUUGUCCAAGGAGUGGAUCCAGUAAGAAUAAAAGGAAUUGGAUUUGAUGCAACAUGCUCACUUGUAGCCUUAGAUAAUCAGUUUAACCCAUUGGCAGUGAGUGAUUCUUACAACAAUGAGCAAAACAUAAUAAUGUGGAUGGACCACAGGGCACAGGCCGAAGCAGAUUUCAUAAACAGCACAAAUCAUGAAAUACUGAAAUAUGUUGGAGGAAAAGUCAGCUUAGAAAUGGAAAUCCCAAAACUUCUGUGGUUAAAAAAACAUUCAAGUAACUGGUCUGAGUUUGGUUACUUUUUUGACCUCCCAGACUUUCUUACAUGGAAAGCCACAGGAUCUCUAAGCAGAUCACUGUGUUCCUUAGUCUGUAAAUGGAAUUAUGAGUGUUCUGUUGAUGGUAAACAGGGUUGGAAUGCAGAUUACUUAAAGAGAGUAGGAUUGAAAGAUUUAAUUGAGGGUAAUUUUAAAAAGAUUGGUGACAAAGUUCUAAUGCCUGGUGAGCAUUGUGGAGGGCUCUCACCUAAAAUUGCUAAAGUCUUGGGUUUACUGCCAAAUACACCUGUAGCUACAUCCAUUAUUGAUGCACAUGCUGGUGGCCUAGGAAUGAUUGGAACAGAUGGUACGGGUAUAGAUAAAGACAUGUCUUCCCGCCUUGGACUGAUCUGUGGCACUUCUACAUGUCAUAUGGCUGUGAACAAAAGGGCUGUGAUGGUGCAGGGAGUAUGGGGUCCGUACUUUAGUGCCAUGGUCCCUAACCUAUGGUUGAAUGAAGCCGGGCAGAGUGCAUCAGGGAUGUUGUUGGAUCACAUCAUUUCCAGCCAUCCUGCAGGCAUUGAGUUGCGUAAAAGACACACUACAGGAGAAGUUCGCAACCACUUAAGGGACAUAAUGACUAAAAUGGCAAAGAACCAUGGCCUCUCUGAUAUCAGUUUGCUGACAAAAGACUAUCAUGUGUGGCCAGACUUUCAUGGUAACCGGUCACCCUUGGCAGAUUCACUUAUGAAGGGCAUGAUAAGUGGCCUUUCCAUAACCAAAAGUGAGGAAAACUUGGCUGUGUUGUAUCUUGCAACAUUACAAGGUCUUUCUUAUGGCACAAGACACAUCAUUGAUGCAUUAGUGCAGGCUGGAUAUGAUUCAUUUAAAUCGUUGCUUAUCUGUGGGGGUAUAACAAAAGACCCACUCUUCGUUCAGAUACAAGCUGAUACCACAGGGUUACCCAUUAUGAAGCCACAUGAAAAGGACUCCGUUCUAGUUGGUGCUGCAAUCCUAGGGGCCUGUGCUUCCAAGUAUUUCAAGAAUAUGGAAGAAGCCAUCCAAAACAUGGGGGGAAAAGCUGACGUAAUUAAACCAAAUUUGAAUAUCAAGUCAUUCCAUGAUAAAAAAUACAGUGUGUUCCUUAAAAUGUUUCAAGAUCAAUUAGUUUAUAGAUCACUUAUGAAAUAAGAGAUAAUUGUGUAUGUAUUUUUAUAAGGGAAAUUAUGUAUUAUAUUAUUUAUAAGUUUUUCGUUGUAAUCUUCAAUAGGCCUUUGAUUUUUUUUAUUAUACACAUGAGAUUUUUUUUAUCUUUGGUGGUCUUUUGAGCACCCAAUAUAAAAAUACUACCAUC